AUGGAGAAGUUCAAGAAACUCCACCCUCCGUCUUUCUCUAAAGUGGAAUCAGAUUCACUACAGCCUAAGAGGUGGAUUAGUGCCCUGGAGAAGGCUUUUGAAGUGCUAGAAUCCGCGGCAUGGUGGAAAUCAGCUCGGCCAAAUCUCGAGGCAACUCAUCCUGACCCAACAUGGGACCAGUUCAAAGAAGUGUUCUUCAAGAAUUACUUCCCUGAGAGCCUCAAAGAUAGAAAGGAAGCAGAGUUCUCUGUUCUUACACAAGGAUCAAAGACAGUACUGGAAUACCAGCAACGGUUUGAAGACCUGCUCCAUUUUGCACCAGAUCACCUGAGGAAUGAGGUAAGCAAGACCAAGAAGUUUGAGAAAGGACUCAAACCUGAAAUUGGUGCUAUGUUGUCAAUCAUGGAGAUUGAAACCUAUGCUCGGAUGGUUGAUAAGGCUAAGACCGUUGAAGACAGACUGAAGGAAAAGGCGACUGCAUCGUAA